AUGGCUGCUUCAACAUACAGUUGGUUUCUAUCUCUGGUGGCGGUGCUCUGUCUAUACAGCAGCCAGAUGAGCUCGACUUCAGCCGCCAGACAACUGCUCCAAACAGUGCCCACGAUUCCAUCUCUGCCUAAAGCCACUCUGCCUCCCUUGCCGGCGAUUCCUACUGUUCCUCAGGCCACUUUACCGCCGUUGCCAUCUGUCCCAACAUUGCCAAAGCCGACUUUGCCGCCGCCGCCAACAAUGCCGACGCUUCCUAAGGCCACACUGCCGCCGCUGCCAACCAUGCCGACGCUUCCUAAGGCCACACUGCCGCUGCUGCCCGCUACUAUGCCCACCAUCCCGACAACAAUCCCGUCCAUUCCUUUCCUCUCACCGCCUCCAUCAAACUAG